UGAACUUCUCCUGUAGACGUGGGGCUGUGGUGAGUGACUUACUCUUCCCGGUCACAGCCAGCCGUGAGCCAGGCUUCGAGUGGCUGCCUCGAGACGCCACUUUGGCCAGUCCUGGAAGACGCUGAAAUCAGGACCAGAAAUGCCCUUGGUGUGUCUGACAGACUUUGAGGCCCGUGCGCGGAAGCGUCUGUCCAAGUCCACUUGGGACUACAUCGAAGGAGCCGCCGGCGAAGGCUUCACCAAGGAUGACAACAUCGCAGCAUUUAAAAAAAUCCGCCUCCGUCCUCGGUAUCUGAGAGAUGUGUCGCAGGUGGACACCCGGACCACAAUCCAAGGGGAGGAGAUCAGUGCCCCAAUUUGCAUCUCACCUACAGGUUUCCACCGCCUUGCUUGGCCAGACGGGGAGAUGAGCACAGCCCGAGCUGCCCAAGCAGCCGGCAUCUGCUAUAUCACCAGCACAUACGCCAGCUGUACCCUUGAAGACAUCGUCGCUGCUGCCCCCAGAGGCUUCCGGUGGUUCCAACUCUACGUGCAGACAGAUCGGCAGCUAAACAAACAGCUGAUCCAGAAGGUAGAAUCCUUGGGUUUCAGAGCUCUAGUAAUCACCGUGGACGUGCCCAAACUUGGCAACAGGCGACAAGACAUCCGAAACCAAUUGAACUUGAAGACGAAUUUAUUGCUAAAGGAUCUUCGAUCACUUACAGAGAGGAAUUCAACAGCCCAUCUGCAGAUGUUUCCCAUUGACUCAGCCUUCUGCUGGGAUGAUCUCUCCUGGGUCCAAAGCAUAACUCAGUUGCCCAUCAUCCUUAAAGGGAUCUUGACAAAAGAGGAUGCAGAGUUAGCCUUGAAGCACAAAGUCCACGGCAUCAUCGUUUCCAACCAUGGCGGGAGGCAACUUGAUGAUGUCCCUGCUUCUAUCGACGCCUUGACGGAGGUGGUGGCUGCUGUGAAAGGGAAGCUGGAAGUGUACCUGGACGGUGGGGUCCGAACCGGCAACGACGUGCUCAAGGCUCUGGCCCUUGGGGCGAAGUGCGUUUUCCUGGGGAGACCAGUCCUCUGGGGGCUUGCUUGCAAGGGUGAACAUGGUGUCGAGGAAGUUCUGAACAUUUUAAAAGACGAGUUCCACACUUCCAUGGCCCUUACAGGCUGCCGGUCGGUUGCUGAGAUCAAUCGGAACCUGAUCCAGUUUCCCAGGUUGUGAAAAACGAGCUGACGGGUCGGCUGAGGCGCCCACAGGAGGAAGGCACAGUCAGAGCGUGCGUGGGAUGCUGACCUGCCUCGGCCCCGCCCCGUCCAGCGGCGCCGCCACUUCACCCCCAUGCUCCAGGCCCCAAGCCCGCACCUCCCUCAAAUGCGCCGUGCACUUGUCUGCCCCGCUGCUUUUCACAUUUAGAAAGAGAGAAUCAAGGAUGGUAGUAUUAGUCCUGCUUGCCUAUACUGGGUGCUCCCAGAAGCCAGAAUUCAAGAAAAGUGAACACCCAGACUUCGAAAUCCUCAGUCCCUUUGAGUCUUCUCAGAAUAAAAGAUCCUAAGAGGACAGGUCAGCAAUGACUGCAA